AUUUUUAUCGUUUUUUUUUUAUUUCUCUUUAACGAUUUUCUUUAUUUUACCUUUUAAACAUUGAAUUAUUUAUAUUUUGCUUGUAAAAAUGGCAAGCUGUGUUGCAUACUGUUGUACGAAUCGAUGGACAAAGAAAAUGCCUGGAAUUACAUUUCAGAGUUUUCCUAAAGAUGAAAAACGUAAACAGUUAUGGAUCAAAGCUGUGAGACGAGUUAAUUGGAAACCUUCUUCGUGUAGUAAAUUGUGUAAUGAGCAUUUCUCAGAAGAUAUGAUUGAUAGAACAAUAAAUCUGCUUGAUGGUCUUACAGAUUCAUUGAUUAAAAAAAAUUUAGUGAACAAAAACUCUUAUUGUUAAAUAAUUUAAAUAUUAAUUUACUCUAAUAAUUAUUAAGCUAUUUAUCAUUUUCAAUAUUAUUGCAAAAACCAUUUACAAGAUCGUGACAAAUUAAAGUAUUAAUUCAAAUUUUUUAACUAAUGCAUGAAAUGUUUUUUACAACUCUUAUUAAAAUUCAAUUCUUUUCAAAUAAUGACAAUGCUUCAAUAGAGGGAUAUAAUUUAUGAAGGGAAAGUUUUUCUUCUAAAAUUAAUAAAUGAAUGAAAAAAUUGUUAACAAUAAAGUUACGUUUUUUAAAAUUUUUGUUUUUUGUGUACUUUAAAAUGUGUGUAUAAAUAAGUGUAUAUUUUUAAAUUCUUAUCACUUGUAAUACAUUUAAUGCAAUAUUUUACUGUCGAAUAACCAACAUAUAUUAUUAAUAUUUGUGUGUGAAGAAUUAUUAUUCUUGACUAAUAAACUCUGAUAGUACUUACUCUAAAAAAAUAUGGAAAUUGAUUGUAUAAAAUGUAAAAAUAAAUAAAAUGAUUUAUUUUUCUUUUA